UCGUAUAUUUGUAUUUUUAUCUCUGCCCUUCUCACUCUUCACACACGCACUCUCUCCCUCUUUUCUUCUUCUUCUUCUCUCUCUCUCCCACAAUGCCUUCGUCGUCGACCGCCUGAUUCAUCCACGUCAUGAUUCCCGCCUAUUAGACGGACACCUCUCUGUUCUCUCUCUCUCUUUCAGAGGGUUUCCCCUCCCUGCGGUCGUUUCCUGCUUGGUUCUCGCGUGUUUGGUUGGAAUUGAGGGGGGACCCGUCGGGUGUUUUUGGUUGCAGACUCGAGGAAUCGAGAAGGUGGUAGGUGACACCCGAAUUUGAAAGAGCCGCUCCGGAUUUAUGUCCCUCAAUCAAUCUAGAGUGGAAAGAGCCGAGCAGCACACCCGCAAAUCUGGAAGAUCUAGUGGACCUGGGCAUCAGAGGGGCUUCCACAACGCCAACGCGGUAAAGAGUGGCGCCGCCGGCGCGGGCUCUUCCGCCCCCCCUCCUCCAUCUUCCUCCAGUUCUUCGUCGUCAUCGGCAAGCGCCAACAGGAGUUUUAAAAAGAGUAAUGGACAAGGAGGGCAGUCAAGGGUGAGCAACAUUGCAACAAAUUCUGAAGCGAAUAUAAGCCGUGGAUUGCAGAAUGGAACACUCCUGCAUAACCAGAAACCUGUGGUUCCUUUGCCUGGACCCUCUGGAAUGGCAAACCCUGAUGUCACUAAGCAGGUCGAUCACUCUCAUCCAAAAAAUGCACAACCUCCUAGGGUUCCUACUUCUCAUUCUGGUGCUGCUUCAUCAGAAUCAACAUCAAUAGCUUCUCCAUCAGGAGAUGCCUCAAAAAUGUUUCCGCUUCAAUUUGGGACCAUAACUCCAGGUUUCAUGAAUGGGAUGCAGAUACCUGCACGGACCAGUUCUGCACCGCCGAAUUUGGAUGAGCAAAAAAGAGAUCAGGCACGCAAUGAUAGUCGACCUAGCCCUGUACCCGUGGCAGUCGCUACCAAACAGCAGCAGAAGCAGCACCUUCAGCCACCACAACUGCAGCAGCAACAGCAGCAGCAUCCUAGAAGGGACUUAGGUGCCAAAGUUACUAAUGUUGCUGAGCCAAACCAGCCUUCCCAGCCCAGAAGGGAUGCCACUGUACUUCAGACUCCAGUACCACCUCAAACCUCUUCAGCUAAGCCUUCUGUUCUGCCUCUUGCGGGGGGUUCCAUUUCUAUACCUUUUCAACAGCCUCAAGUAACGACACAAUACAGCACUCCAAAUUCCCAACAGUCACAGAGUGUUUCUGCUGGCUCACUUCAAAUGCCGUUGCCCCUUUCUGUUGGAAAUCCUACACAAGUUCAACAGCCGUUAUAUGUUCACGGAUUACAAUCCCAUCCAUUGCAGGCACAAGGUAUGAUUCAUCAGAGUCAGGGACUGGGUUAUGCACCACAGAUGAACCAUCAGCUUGGGCCUCAAUUGGGUAACAUGGGUAUCAGUGUGGCUCAAUUUCCUCAACCGACUGUUAACAAAUUUGUUACACCACGCAAGGCAGUCAAGAUAACUGAUCCUAAAACUCAUGAAGAAUUGAGACUGGAUAAGAGAACUGAUUCUUUUACUGAUACAUCAUCCUCAGGGCAGACAGUUCAGCUUUCUAGAUCUCAUGCUGCUGUUGCUACUCAAACCCAGCAACCUAUUCCUUCAUUCUCUUCCACCCAUCCGAUCAAUUACUACACUCCUAUGCAACCUAAUUCUUAUACUCCGUCAAUCUUUUAUGCUGGUCAACCUACCCAUCCUUUAGCUAAUGCCCAGGUAGCUCCUGGGUCUUCAGCUACAAGGUAUGGCUAUCCAGUUAGCCAUGGUGGCCCAACUGUAUCUGUUGCAAACCCUGUUGCACUGGGUACCUCCUUGCCUCAAUCUAGGUCUGGGCUAUCAUCACAAGCUAAUUCGGACACUAUAAAUGUAGAAGUAAUUACUGCUCCAGCAGCAUCUGUUCAGGUAACAGUGAAGCCACCUCCAACAGGUUCACUUCCAGGAAAAGUUGGGAUCUCCACUUCUACACCAUCUGGUGAUUCUUCUUCUGGGAAGAAAGGUGCUGUUGUUCAAACUGAACCUGUUAAGAUGUCAAGGCAUCAGGAGUCUGGCGCCUCACAUUUGCAAAGGUCUACUGAGGGGGCAAGACUGAUUUCAUCUGCCAUGGGAGAGAUAUUAGCACAGUCUUCAUCGACAACUGUUUCUUCAGCAGUGGUUGGUGAUGCUGGCCCCGGGAGUUGUAUUGAACAGCCAAAAUCUGCUUCUGGAAUGCCAUCACCUCUUAAUACAUUACAUGCCACUGUUAAAAGUCCUGCAUCAUCUGCUGCAACUGUCGAAGAGAGACAAUUAUUCACUGUUUCUUCAGUUAAUCCUAUUACCUUAACUGAAGAUCCAGCAAAUAUCUUAACGAAUCCUGAAGGUCGCAAAUGGGAUCCUCUUAAAAAGUCAGAUUCCUUUAAGGAUCAGCAGAAGCUGAACAGAAAGGAGCUGCAGCAGUCCGAGUCAGAGAAUCAGAUCUGUAACUCUGCUGGUAAACAGAAAUCUUCCUCUGUGGUGUCAUCAAAAAUUAGUGAAAUGAAUUCAGAGCAUGGUUCCAGAACAGACGAGUCCAAACCAGGUGUGUUGGAUGGGACCCUGACCUCUACUCCACGUCUUUCAUCCUUCAAGUUGGAGAAUAGCAGACCUUCAGAAGUUGUUGAAGUUCCAGAAACAAAAGAUGAUAAAACUUUAUUGGCUUCAUCUGGAAGAUCCGUCACAGAAUUGGAAGUGACAGAAGGACCAAUAAAUUCUGAGACUACCAGCUCUGUUCCAUCUGAUGCAGUGCCAGUUGAAGCUGUUGCAGAGGCAGUUAGUCCUGUGAAGCUCUUGCAUUCUGAUCCUUCUGAAGUAGUGGUAACUAUUCCAAAAAGUUCAGUUUCAGGGGAUCUGGUCCCUCAUGAUUUGGGCACAAGAGGCGAAGCCAGUGGUGCAUCAGGGUUGGAAGACAGUAUAAGCAAAACACCUACUACCAAACUAGAAACUCAAGAAAAUAUGUCUCUUGUUGGAUGUUCUGGUAAUAGUCAGAGCACAGAUGCAAGUUUGCACCAGGUUCCAGUGGUUGACAAAGUGGAAGAAAUAUCUGUUCAAAUAGACAGUUUGAAGGUUGAACUAGAAGAUACGGUUGAAGAGGUAUCAGAUUCUUCCUUGAGUCGUCCUUCUGAUGAAGCUUUGGGAGUUGAUGUAGAUAAGGAAGAAAGCAUGGGUGUUUCCGCUAUUGCUUCUCAUACAGUUUCAGAUUCUGCAGAAACUGAAAAUUUGCCUCCUUCAGCACAUUUGACUAGAGGUGAUUAUGAAAAACAAAAUGAAAGAGAGAGUAAAAUGUCUAUUGAAGAGAUUGAAUCACCAGCUGAAUCCACAAGCUCAAGUCGAGAGUCCGCCACUGCUGUACCUGAAGGGACACAGGAACAUGAAUCUUCUAGGGGUUCAGAAAACCUAAAUAGUGGUGUGAGUCCAAGUACUUUGUCAACCUCCAGGGAUAAAAUGCCAUUAGAACAGAGCAGGCCAAAGAGUGUUUCUGGAAAAAAGAAGAAGAAAAGGGAGCUUCUUUCCAAGGCUGAUGCUGCUGGGACAACUGCUGAUCUUUACAUGGCAUACAAAACACCGGAAGAAAAGCGAGAUGUUGCUGUAUCAGAAAAUGUGAAUACCAUGUCUUCAAACAUUGAUGGUAAGCAGAUGCCUGAAGGUGAUACGAAGAAGCAUGCCUCUAGCAAAGAGGAAGACAGCCAUAGCAAAUCUGAACUGGAUGAUUGGGAGGAAGCCGCUGAAAUCUCUAGCCCUAAAUUGAAAACCUUGGAGAGGUCUGAAGCAGUGCACAAUAAUAAGUGCUGCAUGGAACAUGACAGUGGAUCUGUAGGUGGAAAAAGAUACACCAGAGAUUUCCUAAUGACCUUCUCAGAGCAGUGUAAGGAUCUUCCUCCUGGAUUUGAGAUUGGAUCAGAUAUAGCAGAUCUUCUAAUAAAUGUUCAAUUGAAUGCACCCUUUGUUGACCGUGACACGUACCAUAUGGGUGGAAGAAUAUUUGAUAGACAACCAAGCGGCUCAUCUCGACUGGACCGUCGUGGGAGUGGGAACAUGGAAGAGGAUAGGUGGAAUAAAUUAACAGCUCCUUUUGUACCUGGACGCACAGACCUUGCAUAUGGUAUUGCAGGUACAACAUUUCGUCAAGGUCCAGGUGGAAACCUGGGGGUCCUGAAGAAUCCUCGUGGCCAUCCAGGAGGACAAUAUGUUAGUGGAAUCCUUUCUGGUCCUAUGCAGUCUCUUGGUUCUCCUGGUGGGCUGCCAAGAAUGCAUGCUGAUGCUGAUAGGUGGCAGCGUGCUCCCCCUGUUCAGAAGGGCUUGAUUCCCUCUCCUCAUGCUCAACCUGUGGUCAUGCACAAAGCUGAAAAGAGGUAUGAGGUUGGCAAAGUAUCUGACGAAGAGGAAACUAAGCAGAGACAACUGAAAUCCAUUCUUAACAAGCUGACUCCUCAAAAUUUUGAAAAGCUGUUUGGGCAAGUCAAAGAAGUUAACAUUGAUAAUGUUGUCACUCUUACUGGUGUUAUUUCCCAAAUUUUUGAUAAAGCAUUAAUGGAGCCAACAUUCUGUGAAAUGUAUGCUGAUUUUUGUUCCCGUCUUGCUGGAGCAUUACCUGAUCUGGUUGAAGGUAAUGAAAAGGUUACUUUCAGAAGAUUGCUUCUGAAUAAAUGCCAAGAGGAAUUUGAGAGGGGAGAGAAGGAGGAAGCAGAAGCAGAUAAAGAUGAGGAAGAAGGCGAAACAAAACAGUCUGCAGAGGAGAGAGAAGCAAAGCGGAUCAAGGCUCGCAGACGGAUGCUGGGUAACAUUCGGCUGAUUGGUGAACUGUACAAGAAAAAGAUGUUAACUGAGAGAAUUAUGCAUGAAUGCAUCAAGAAGCUACUGGGCCAGUAUGAGAAUCCUGAUGAAGAAGAUGUGGAAGCUUUGUGCAAGUUGAUGAGCACAAUUGGAGCAAUAAUUGAUCAUCCCAUAGCCAAAGAGCACAUGGAUGCAUAUUUUGAUAGGAUGCACAAGCUGUCAACUAAUCAAAAGCUAUCUUCUAGGAUGCGAUUUAUGCUGAGAGACACAAUUGAUCUCAGAAAGAACAAGUGGCAGCAGAGAAGAAAAGUUGAGGGCCCUAAGAAAAUUGAGGAAGUGCAUCGUGAUGCAGCUCAGGAGCGCCAAACACAAUCAGGAAGAGCAUCUCGUGGUUCUGGCAUGAGUUCUUCUGCAAGGAGAGGACAAGCCAUUGAUUAUGGACCUAGAGGAUCCACUGGCUUGUCUUCUCCAGGGUCACAGCCACUGGUUUCUCUUCGAGGGACGCCAGCAUCUGGUCGCUUUGGUACCCAAGAUGUUCGGCUGGAGGAUAGACAUAUUAUUGAGAGCAGAACACUUUCAGUUCCAUUGCCACAAAGGUCUAUAGAUGAUGAUUCAAUUACUCUUGGGCCUCAAGGUGGUCUUGCAAAGGGGAUGUCUAUGAGAGGGCAACCCUCAAUGUCAAGUGGGUCUGUAAAUGAUAUUUCGGUAGUGAGUACUGGAGAUGCAAGAAGAAUGGGAAUGUGUCUAGGUGGUUCCAGUUCCACACAUUCUCUAGCAGAGUGGACACCAAAUAAUUCACGGGAGGAGGUUGGUUCUAGGGGUGUUCUGCUUGAUAGGCCGAAGUCUGCACAUUCUUAUGGUCAGCCAAAUCAUGAGGAUCGUGUGAACAGGGAUGCAAGAAAUACUCCAGUAUCUUCAACUGGUCCACAUAACUCAAUAGACAAAUUGCCCGAGGAACAGCUAAGAGAAAAGUCAAUAUCUGCAAUCAAGGAAUUUUACAGUGCAAAUGAUGAGGAAGAAGUUGCUUCAUGUGUGAAGGAAUUGAAUGCGCCAAAUUUCUAUCCCACUAUGGUGUCUCUCUGGGUCACAGAUUCUUUUGAGCGAAAGAACAUAGAGAGAGACCGUUUAACAAAAUUACUUGUUUCUCUCUGCAAAUCAAGGAACCAUUUGCUGAGUCAACGGCAGCUCAUCAAUGGGUUCGAGUCUGUCUUUGCUACCUUGCCCGAUGCAAUAUAUGAUGCGCCUAAAGCACCUGAAUUCCUUGGUGGCAUUCUUGCAAAGGUGAUUUUAGAAAACAUUAUUAGUCUAAAGGAUGUAGGAAGAUUGAUACAUGAAGGAGGUGAGGAGCCUGGUAGCCUUACGGAAUCUGGAAUCGCAUCAGACGUCCUUGGUAGUAUUCUGGAGGUUAUAAAGGAGGAGAAAGGUGAUACUUUGUUGAAAGACAUCCGCAAAAAUUCUGAGAUUCGACUGGAGGAAUUCCUCCCUCCGGACCCUAGAAAGCAGGCGAAGCUCAUAGCCUUUAUUUAGAAGCAUAUGCUAUGUAUACUCGCCCCUGCCUAGUUGUUAGGGUGCUACGAUUUGCAGUUAUCAUCUUGUUCAUGGCUCUAUAUAUUAAGUCUUUUUGGCA